CUUCCCAAUACGUUUACCCUUCUCAUGUACGCUGCAUAACAACAUAUGAACAUCAGCUGCUUUAUACAUGCUGUUGGGUAGCCUACACCAGCUUCCGGUGAUGGGCCGGCAUUAUUUGCAUUUCAACAUAAAAGUCGAUUUAUGGGUCUUUCGAGCAGCAAUAGGUACUUAUUUACAGUAUGCAUGCUUUAUUAGGCUUAUUUGGCUUACUAGGUCUUCCCACUAAAUCUUGUGAAAACAAGGAGGAAAAAAACUGAUCGUGGAGAACAUCACCAAGUUAUCGGCUUUUAAAUUCUCAGACAGGCUAUCUUUUUGCCCAUAUCCUGUGUCAUUUGAUUUCACCAGCAGAGGGCAUGAUUACUCUUUUCUGUUUGAAUUCCAUGACAUCCAGGGAUGGUUCAGAAUACAUCAUUGUAAUCUUUCAUGGAAAUACAAAUUGGCAAGUUGGAUUCAUUUGUGCUGGGCUAGGCCUGUAGGCGUAGGCCUAUAUCAAACAAGAUGUAGGCCGUAUCAUUUAAAGAUGUUCAAGAAUGAAUGGCACAUACACUGUUAUUGUUCUUUCUUUCUUUCUUUCUUUCUUUCUCUCUCUCAGUCUGUAUUUUUUUUCUUUCCGGUAACCUUUGUGGCUCAAUGAUUAAUUUGUUCACUCAGUAUAAUUAUUCCAGUAGUGAUUGUAAACAACUAUGUUUGGAAUAAUAAAAAAAAAACCUGUGUCCCCAUAUUGCGUGAUAAAAUGUUGGCCCACAAAUAUUUCCCUGGUGACACUUGCCGACAACCGGAGGUAGCCUACAAUUCCUAAGGUCAGCGUAAUUUGCGGUUAUCUGUAAACGCGUUAUUAUACUACCAGGUUAAUAGCUUGUGGUUCCUGCUGAUAUCAUUUUUGCAAAAAUAUGCUUAUGACACAUGAGAUUAGAGAAAAUGUGGCCAUAAAUAUCGGGGUUUGCAUCGGACAAACUCGUUUGUGGCACUGCCUCACAUCUGCAUGCGCUUCAAUACUCGGGUCUUCCAGGUGCUGGCAGUUGUCAUUUCAUGAGCAGCUUGUAGCUUUUAUUUUUUUGCUACGAACGACCACACAAAACUAUGGGACAGUCUCAUAAACAGCCAGGAGCGUAUCAAACCGCACUUUUCUUUGGAGUUUUGACGAGUUUUGCUUGCAGUGUUUCGGGACAGACGCCUAACAUUUUUAGUGACAUAUUGCAGUUCUAUGGUGAAAAUGGCUUCGUGACCCCCGCUGACAUUAAUAGUUUAUUUGAACUCCUGAACAGCAAGCCACUUAAUCUCGAAGGAAUUGUGUCCAGCUCUCAGUGUCUGUCAGGAGUUGAGGUCCUUGCCCUGUAUGGACUUGGCAACCUCACCAGUUUAGGUGAGACUCACCUAAAUGACAUCUGCCCGGCUCUUCUUCAGCAAGCUGUGCAGCCCGCGUGCCCUGGGGAUGUGGAGGUCAGACCGUCCAUUGAUGCCUCUGUGUGGGGAUUUGGGUUUCUGGCCAUUACCAUCAUCAACUCUGCCUCUCUGCUGGGACUGUUCCUCGUCCCUUUCACCAAGAAGGCCUUCUUCCCCAAGAUCCUCACAUAUUUCAUUGGGCUGGCAAUCGGCACGCUGUUCUCUAAUGCUGUCCUACAGCUCAUCCCAGAGGCUUUGGGGUUUGACCCCAAGAAGGAUAACUACACUUCCAAAGCUGUUGGGAUAUUUGGUGGGUUCUACCUGCUCUGCUUCAUGGAGAAAGUCCUUAAAAUGAUACUGAGAGUGGACAUAGAGCAUGGCCACAGUCACUUUGUACCUCCGGAUUCUCCCCAACUCGGCUCUCACCAUGGCGAUAUUGGCGAGAAGAAUGGAGAUGUGGGAGAGAGGAAUGAGGUUAUUGCCGUGACCAGCUUCAAUGACAAAGCCAGUACGACUGUUGAUCCUACCCAGCCGCCGGUGGUGGGCUCGCGGACAUCCUGUCUCUGGCUCCGGGGUGCGAAGCUGUCCAGUAUCAAGACGGUGGCCUGGAUGAUCAUACUGAGCGACGCCCUGCACAACUUCAUCGACGGCCUGGCCAUCGGGGCGUCCUUCACCGUGUCCAUCCUCACGGGGUUCAGCACCUCCAUCGCCAUCGUGUGCGAGGAGUUCCCCCACGAGCUGGGUGACUUUGUGAUCCUACUGAAUGCGGGCAUGAGCAUCCCGCAGGCCAUCUUCUUCAACCUGCUGUCCGCCAUGUCCUGCUACUUGGGCCUGGUGAUUGGCAUCCUCAUUGGCAGCUCCUUUGCCCCGAACGUGAUCUUCGCCAUUGCCGGGGGCAUGUUCCUUUACAUCGCGCUGGCAGACAUGUUCCCUGAGAUGAACAGCAUCAGCAGUGCAGCGGAGAAGACAACCAAGACACAGGUGAUUUUCUUCCUGAUCCAGAAUGCUGGAAUGCUCUCCGGAUUCUCAAUCAUCCUGCUCAUAACGAUAUUUGCCGGACAAAUCAACCUGGGCUGACCCUGAAUGGACUCCUCCAGUAAGCGUCCACUUUUGCUUACUGGGUUGAAGUCUGCACCUCCAUAUUCACGGACCCAGUUUAUGUGUAUAUAUAUAAUAGUUUACUUUCUAUUGGAUUAACCUACUGUAAACAACAGCACUUUAAUUUCUUUCUAAUUGCCACCUUUGAUAGUUUGAGCCUUUCAUUCAGAUGCCAGCAGAUAAUGACUGCAUUAACAUGAGAAUCAAGACUGCUUUGCAUUUCAAUACUUAGGUAUCUUAAUUAUUUGUGUUGGAUCAUAUGGUUAUACCAUGUAUUUAUAGCAAUUAUAACAUAAUGUUUAUAUUAUUUAAAUAUUAUGAAGUUAUUGACACAUUAAUCAGUUGUGUGCAAUACUUUUCUACAGUUCGUCUUAAACACCAAGAUAAUGAAAAAUGACUGAAUUCAAAUGGAAUUCAGAUGACCUUUCAACAUUUUAUCAUAUUUUAUGACGUACUAUUUUGAGUUUACAAAUAACAACUUUCUAUUGCUUCUUUUGCAUUUUAUCAAUAAAAAAAGUCAACCAAUAAGCAUUUUAAAACUCCAACUUGAAUUUUCUUCUCAUUGACAACAUCAGUCUGUUAGAUCUGUAUCUAGAUGUAAGUAGACAUUUAUUUUUUUCAACAUUCAUUGACACAAUACUGUACACUUAGCAUCUGUGAAACAUGACAAUCAGUGCAAUAUUUUUUACAGUUCAAAUUAAAAACAAACUUUUUUCCUCUUUAAAAAUAUACAUCUAUAUAUUUGUUUACAUAAUAUGGUUUGGCUGUUUAACCUACAUAUUGUGUCUGAAUGACAUUAAACAAAAACACAAUGGGGGAAAAAAAA